GGUGCAAAUAUCCCGAUGCCUUCCUGCAAUGAAGCGCCAAUCUGGGGCGCCUGGGCCUGCAUCUUGCCUGUGCCACUUAUCCCAGAUCCCUGCACUCGGCUACGAGCACGCCCCCACCAGCCCACACGGCUGCCGCCAAGGCAGCCUGUCCUUCAGCCGGCGCAACACCUGCGCCGCGGAGGGGGCGGGGAGAGCCCGGAUUGGCUGGGGGCUCUGCGUCACGCGGCUCCGCCCCUCGGCCUAUCUCACCCGACCCCGGCUCCGGCGGGGUUGACCAGACGGCGGGCUGCGAUUGGAGGGCCCGACGCGGAGUCGAUGACGCAAGGGGAGGCGGGGCCCCGCUGGGCCGUGAUUGGAGGGCGGGCUCGUGGGCGCGGCCGGAGGGAGGGUCCGGCUUUUAGGGAUUCUGAAAGCUGUAGCGUGUGCCCGCUCUAUAGCGCGGCUUGGAGUGGCGUUGGCCUAGCCCUCUGCAAGCGGUUACUGGAGGAGGACAAUGGGCUUCACCUGUGUUUGGCGUGCAGGAACAUGAGCAAAGCUGACGCUGUUCGCACUGCUCUGCUGGCCUCCUACCCCACCGCCGAGGUCACCACCGUGCAGGUGGAUGUCAGCAACCUGCCAUCGGUGUUCCAGGCCUCCAAGGAGCUCAAGCAAAGGUUUCCGAGAUUAGACUAUGUAUAUCUAAAUGCUGGGAUCAUGCCUAAUCCACAGCUGAAUAUCAAAGCACUUUUCUCUGGCCUCUUUUCAAGAAAAGUGAUUCAUAUGUUCUCCACAGCUGAAGGGCUGCUGACCCAGGAUGACAAGGUCACUGCCGACGGGCUCCAGGAGGUGUUUGAAACCAACGUCUUUGGCCACUUUAUCUUGAUUCAGGAACUGGAACCUCUCCUCUGUCACAGUGACAGUCCAUCUCGGCUCAUCUGGACGUCAUCUCGCAAUGCAAAGAAAUCUAAUUUCAGCCUUGAGGACUUCCAGCACAGCAAAGGCCAGGAGCCCUACAGCUCUUCCAAAUAUGCUAUUGACCUUCUGAGUCUAGCUUUGAACAGGAACUGCAACCAGCAGGGUCUGUAUUCCAGUGUGUUGUGCCCAGGUACAAUGUUGACCAAUUUGACGUAUGGAAUUCUACCUCCCUUUAUAUGGACGCUGCUGAUGCCGUUCAUAUUGCUGCUUCGCUUUUUUGCAAGUGCUUUCACUUUAACACCAUACAAUGGAACAGAAGCCAUGGUAUGGCUUUUCCAUCAAAAGCCAGAGUCUCUUGAUCCUUUGGCCAAAUACCUGAGUAGUACCACUGGCUUUGGAAGGAAUUAUGUAAUGACCCAAAAGAUGGACCUAGAUGAAGACACUGCUGAAAAAUUUUACCAAAAGUUACUGGAACUGGAAAAGCACAUUAGGGUCACCAUUCACAAAACAGAUGACCAGAGCUAAGGAUGACACACUCUAAAACGUUGUGGACCUUCUGUGCAUUUCGGAGCACAUGGGUUUCUAUUGAGCUGGAUGAUGUGCAUUUGUGGUAAACUAUGAACUAUAAUUGUCUUUUUUCCUUCCUUUCAGAAUUAUCUCUAAGACUGUGUAUGUGUGCAUGUGUGUGUGCACAUGAGAAAAAGAUUGGUAAAAUAAAAUAGGAGUUAGAUAUUCUCCAGAUGCUGUCAUAUCAAACUUGUGCUAGAGACACCCAGCAGAGUAUCAGGUAUUUGUUCUGCCCACUGGAGCCCAAGGUACACUUCAUGGGAUGCGGUGAGGACCAGGCACACACUGGUCCUCCCUUUGGCCUGCCCCAGCAGGAGGAAGGACUGGCCACUCUCUGAAAGGCAAUCUUAGCUUUUCUCCUUUUCUUAUGAGCAAUUUUUCUAGGUCUUGUGCCUUAUUUCUUCCUCCACAUGCUGCUUCUAACACUCCUGAGAUUAUUGGAAUUCUAACAAUCCUAAAGCAGAUGCCCAUGUAGUUAAUUACAGAAACGAAAGUAUAUAUGUAUUUGGGCCACUUGAUUUACUUCUUUUCUUAUUUAAAAGUGUCUUUUAUUGAUAUUGAGGUAGUCCAUGUUAAUAUUGGGCCUGACAUAUGAGACCGUUUGCAAAUUUGCUCUUUACUGACCGACAUAUUUUCAUGAUCGUAGACAUAUAUAUAUAUGUGUAUAUAUAUUAUAUAUAUGUAUAUAUACA